AUGGAUAUUUUUGAAGAUGUACCAUUAACAACCCAAAACUCUCAAGUUAAUAAUAAUAAUAAAAAUAUAAAUAACAGCAACAGUAAUAACAACUUAUCACCAUUAAUUAAUGAAAAAAAGAACGAAUUCGAUAAUAGCACUCCCAUAUUACUUUCAAAUAAUGAUAUAAAUUUAGGUUUAAAUAAUUUUCAGCAAAACUUUCAAUAUUUGAUUCCUAAUGGCGCAAGUAGCGGAGGCAGUGUAAUAACCUCACCCUAUAUUAAAUCAUCAAUCCAAAAUAAAAACAGCCCAAAGAUAUUAACUAAUAAUAACAAUAAUUGUAAUAAUAACAAUACAAAGCCAAUUGAUAAUUUUAAUUUGUAUGAAAAUAAUCAAAACAAUAAAAAUACUAUAAUCGAUAACAAUAAUUUAAAUUCUAACGACUAUAAUAAAAAUGAAACAAUAAAACUAAUUAAUAAUAUUGAUAAUAUAUUGUAUAACAAUAAUAAAAAUAACGAAAGUAAACAAUUUUAUAAUAAUGAUAUCAAUAAUAAUAACAAUAAUAAAAUUAAAAAAUUAAUAAAUCAAACUAUAUCGAAACCCUUAUCAAUAUUUUUUCAAGUAUUUAGCUCUUAUUUUGAUAAACGACAUCAAUCCCCAGCAACAACAACAUCAUCAGCAACUAUUAAAAAUUCAGAUUUAGGUAGUGCACCUUCAGGAAAUAAUAAAGAUAGUUUAGCAGUAUCAACAAACAAUAAUAUUGAAAUUGAAUUUAGCUCAGAGUUUAGUAACAAUAACAGCAACUCAAUUAAUAAUAGUAAUAAUACAACAAAUAAUAACAACAUCAAACCAAAUAUAAUAUUUUAUACAUCCUAUGUUGUAAUUCUAUAUUUAAUUUAUGGAUUUUUACAAGAACUAUUAUUUAAAAAACAAGAGGUUAAUUUUUUUGCGCUUUAUUCAUUCAGUCAAUUCUUUUUUUCAUUUUUAUUCUCUAUUAGAGAUAUUAUUUUACAACAACGAAGAACCAAUAAAACCAACAACAAUAAUAAUAGUUUAAAUAACAAUAUAAAUAAUUUAUCACAUUUACAAAUUUUCCAAAGAUUAUCAAUUAAAAAAAUUAAACUUUAUACACUCUUAUCUUUUGUUUUGUUCUUAACCAAAACAUUGGGUAACGAAUCAUUAAGAUUAUUAAGUUAUAAAACCAAAAUAUUAUUUCAAACUUCAAAAAUUAUACCAGUUAUGAUAAUUGGUGGAAUCCUAUUCAAAAGAUCGCAUACAACUACCGAAUACGCCUCCAUUGCAGCCAUGCUUUCAGGUUUAUUCUUGUUUGCUUUGGGUGAUUCUGUAAACUCCUUCCUAUCUCCUCUUGGAAUAGUUUUAAUUGUAUCCUAUAUCUUUGUAGAAUCUAUAAAAUCGAUUUUGUAUGAAAAAAUUCUAAAAGAUUUUUCCUCAGAACUAGAAUUGUCAUUAUUUACAAAUUUCUUUGGAUCAAUUUUAACUCUUCCAAUUUUAUUUUAUUCAGGAGAAUUAAAAAGCUCAUUAGUUUAUUUACUCACACACAAAUUAGUGUUAUUGUCAAUGAUGGGAUUUAUAUCGCUUGGAUAUUUUGCAAAUAUAGCAUAUUUAAAUCUUAUAAAGAUUACCGAUGCUUUUUAUGCAAAUGUUAUCUCGUCAUUUAGAAAGUUUUUAACAAUUUUACUUUCAUUCUUUUUAUUUCAAGACACAAUGCUAACAUUUCAUCUUAUUGGUAUAUUAAUAUUUUUUAUUGGUUUGGGAACAGAAAUUAGACAACAAAAACUAAAAGAUCAAAAACUAAAACUAUAA